AUGACUGUUGUUUUCUCCUUUCUUUAUUAUCUCUUUCUUAUUUUCUCACUUCUUCCCGCCAUCGUUACCCCGACCUUGUUAUUUCAGGGAUUCAAUUGGGAGUCAAGUAAUAAACAAGGAGGAUGGUACAACUCACUCAUCAAUCUUGUACCAGAACUGGCUAACGCUGGGGUCACCCAUGUUUGGCUACCCCCAGUCUCCCACUCAGUUGCACCCCAAGGCUAUAUGCCAGGAAGAUUGUAUGAUCUCGAUGCAUCCAAAUAUGGAAAUGAACAGCAACUGAAGUCAUUAAUUAAGGCUUUCCACGACAAGGGUAUCAAAUGCGUUGCUGAUAUAGUAAUAAACCACAGAUGUGCUGAUAAACAAGACGGGAGAGGUAUAUAUUGCAUUUUUGAGGGAGGGACUUCUGAUGAUCGCCUCGACUGGGGGCCAUCAUUCAUUUGCAAAGAUGACACUCAGUUUUCGGAUGGCACCGGGAAUCCUGAUACCGGAGAUGGCUUUGAACCUGCUCCAGACAUAGACCAUCUUAAUCCAAGAGUACAAAAGGAGUUAUCAGACUGGAUGAACUGGCUCAAGACUGAAGUUGGAUUUGAUGGUUGGCGAUUUGACUUUGUCAAGGGAUAUUCUGCAAGUAUCACCAAAAUCUAUAUGGAAUACACUUCACCGGAUUUUGCAGUUGGGGAACUCUGGAAUUCACUUUCCUAUGGGCAGGAUGGGAAGCCGGAUUACAAUCAGGACAGGCAUCGGAAUGAACUCGUGCAGUGGGUUCAGAACGCGGGAGGCAGUGUUACAGCUUUCGAUUUCACAACAAAGGGAAUUCUUCAAGCUGCAGUACAGGGAGAACUGUGGAGAUUGAAGGAUUCUAAUGGAAAACCUCCUGGAAUGAUAGGGAUUUUUCCUCGGAAUGCUGUUACUUUUAUUGACAAUCAUGAUACUGGAUCUACACAGAAACUUUGGCCAUUCCCAGCAGAAAAAGUCAGUCUAGGAUAUGCUUACAUUCUCACUCAUCCAGGGAUUCCAUCAGUGUUUUAUGAUCAUUUCUUUGAUUGGGGAAAGAAGGAAGAAAUCUCUAAACUGUCAUUGAUUAGGUCAAGGAAUGGCAUCUCACCAAGUAGCAAAGUGCAGAUUAUGGCUUCUGAUUCUGAUCUUUAUGUGGCAAUGAUUGAUGAUAAAAUCAUUGUCAAAAUAGGCCCAAAGAUGGAUCUUGGAAAUUUAAUUCCACCAAACUUCAAGGUUGCAACCUCUGGAACAGACUAUGCUGUUUGGGAGAAAAACAUGUGA